AUGGAGGACACAUCGCUUCGCAUCAGACUGUGUGAGUCUGCUGUUACUUUUAUACUGAAAUCUUCUGAGAAGAAACUGAAAAAUUAAAUGUUUUAUUGAAAUCAGACGUCAAUUCAAGAAAUUCAGUUGUCAGGGCAUGUAUUUGGAGUCGGUGUUUAUUUUUUGUCACUUUUAUGAGCUCAGCUUGUGUGUUGGUUCACUUUUAUUUUCCUCUCACAUGAAGACGUCCAUGUUCAAUGUACAUCUGUCUCUUAUUCCUUCAGUCCUGGAUCUACUGCUGCUGGUCUCUGCUCUGGACAGAAACCAGGUUCAGGGAGACGGUGAGUUUCAGUCUUGCAGGAUCUUUCAACCUUGUGUUUUUAUUUGUGCAGUUCUUGAACUUAAGUCAAACUUAAAUAUAUUUCAUGACUAUUAUACUCACUUUUACAUUAAACUGUAUAUUUAUUUCUUGGUCCCAGAUCCGGUUUAUCCUAAAAUUCUCCCAAACAGGCUCCAGUUCUUUACAUACGAAGUCAUUCGGUUAAACUGUGACGGAUGGAGAGUGAUGAAAAACACGACUCAGUGGGAGAAGUCAGAAACAACCAUGACUAUAACACCAGCUUUACCGUCUCACAGUGGAGAAUACUGGUGUGAGAGCAGAGAGGGAGAGAAGAGCGAGUCUCUCAACAUCGCUGUUACUGGUAUGAUUUAAAAAAAACAACUUUAAUUUAGCAUCAGAGUUGCUGAAAAAGACAGGUCACAGUAAAGUUACCUAACACCAUUAUCUUAUUUUUUAUGUUAUAUAAAGUUUGUAUUCUUUAUAUUUUGCUCCAAAAUGCACCAAAGUGUUUAUUAAAAGUGUUGAAUUCUUGUCUUCAUUUCUGUGGUCCAGCUGGUUCUGUGAUCCUGGAGAGUCCAGUUUACCCCGUUAUAGAGGGACAGACUGUCACUCUUGGAUGUAGAAAAAAGGCACCACCACAUUACCAAACAGCAGAUUUCUAUAAAAAUGGGAAAUUCAAGAAGACUGAGUUUAAAGGAAAGAUGGUCGUUCAUAAUGUCUCAAAGUCUGAUGAAGGAGUCUACAAGUGUCGAAUCUCUGGAGCCGGAGAAUCACUAGAGAGCCGUCUGGCUGUUAAAGGUGAGACAUGAAAUCAGUUAAAAGUCAUAAAGUCAAAAAUGACUGAUUGAACUAUUAAUAAAAAAAGUUUGUUAAAAGUCUAAUAGUAAUAAAAAGCUAAUAGUGAACAAAUAAGGUAGCUUUACUUUAGCUGAUAUCAGUCCCACUUUGAAUUUUCUUUUUUACUACUUAAAGUGUUCUCAGUGGUCUUUAAAUUGUGAUUAUGAAGUUUUUUUAUUCUUUACAUUACCCGUGUCAUUUUCAAGGACUUUUCUUCUGCGGAGCUCCAGUAGCUCUGACAUGAAAUCAUAAAAAAGUGAUCAAGUCCAAAAAAUUAAAUUACAAUUAAAAAAAAAAAAAAUUACAGUUGAUCUGUUAAUAAAAAAGUUCUUUUAAAAGUUGAAACACUCUGUCCUGACAUGUUUUCUAAUUAUAAAUAAGACUUUAAAGUGAGAAUAACUGCAGAAUAGAAUGACUAUAGAAAAGGGUUAUUAUAUCAAAUUUCAAACUUUUGUUUGAUACUUAAAAAAAGUUUGAUUUAGUCAUCAGAAUGUAAAUUAUAUCAAUGUGAAAGAAAAAGUUCUUGAAUAAAAAUUUUAUGUCUAUCUGUCUAUCUAUCUUAUCUCUCUCUCUCUCUCUAUAUAUAUAUAUAUAUAUAUAUUUACAAAAUUCAGAAAUAUUCAUGUUUUAAAAGUAUGUGACGGAAACUCACUGAAUGUUUGGUUUUGUGAAAACUGCUGUGUGAUAAUUAACUUUCAUGUUUGUAGGUUCAUCUGUAGAGUCCAGUCCUCUGACGCCUGAAAAUACGACCUUUUCAGAAACUCCUCCUCCUCCUUCUCCUCUUCCUCCUCCUUCUCCUCCUCCUCCUCCUCUCCAUCUUGGAUCCGUUCAGCUCUUCAUUCUGUUACCGGCUCUCUUCAGCUCUGUGUUUGUAGCUUUGCUGUUUCUGUUGGUGGGAUUACUUAAGUGUCGGAAACAUAAAGGUAACAAAUAUUUUUAUUUAUUUUUACAUAUAAUCAUCAAUCAUCAUUUCUCUUGAUUCAGUUUCAUCUCUGUACAUUUUCUUUUACACCAGCAGCAGCAGCAGCAGGAUCAGAGCCAGGUCAGUGUCCUCUACUGUCUCAAACAUUAUCACUAAGUAACGUCUGUAAAGAGAAAGUUAUCUUUUCUUUUCUUCAUUUAUGCAAAAAGUUAAAAUUGAAAAGUUUUAACAAACUAGACGAUGGUUGAAAUAAAAACAGAAAAAUAAAACUCUUCAUUUCAGGCUGUGAAAAAACGACGGAGGGUGAUGUGACGUAUGCAGCGAUCACCAUCAAGAAGGGAAAGAGCAGAGGUAUAUAAUUUUUUUAAAUAUUCAUAAUUAUUCAGUUUUAUUUACAUAUUUUUGAGCAUCAAAGAUGCCCAGACCCCAAAUAAAGACAUUUAUAAUAUUUCUAACUUCCAUUUAAAUCUAAAACUUCUGUUUUUAAAUUUAUAUUUUAUAGUUUUAAAAUCUCCUCAGACUUCAGUCAGUUACUCAAACAUCUUUAUUUUAAUUUUCCUCUCAGUAACUCACAGUAGCUUUUGUACCAAGUGUGAAUAAAGUUUGUUUACGCUGCAGAUUUUCAAAGUUUGUUUUUCUCUCGUCUUAAAGUCGAGGAAAGAUUUGAACUCGAUUCAAACACGGCGACGUACGCUGCCGUCCGACCACAGAGGAAAACACGAGGUAGUUAACUUUUUUUUUAAUUUACAUGUCUUUUUAAAAGGUUUAUUAAUAUUCACUGCUUUUGUAUAAUUCAGAAAAUACUCUGUUUUAUUUGAGAUAUUGACAGUUAUGAGUUUCACUUUUCUGUGUUUCAGGUGGCAGACAGGAGAGCCUCGUCAUGUCUCUGGAAACGGCGUAUGAAUAAUCGGCGUCCAGUCGUUUUU